GAAAGAAAAAUAACAGGUUUUUUAUUUCCACUUCAUGAUAAAGAGAGACUUGAGAAAUGGUUGCGGAAUAUGAAACGAGAUGCAUGGACUCCAAGUAAGCACCAGCUUCUGUGCAGUGAUCAUUUUACUCCCGAUUCCCUUGAUGUGCGAUGGGGUAUACGAUACUUGAAACACACCGCUGUACCAACAAUUUUCUCUUCCCCAGAUGAUGAGGAAAAAGACUCUUCUCGGAACACCUCACAAGGCAUAAAGAGAGAAGACCUGCAAGAAACAAAUACAAAUGUAGACUCAGAGAAGGCAUCUGUAUCACUUGAACCUUGUACACCAAAGCAAAAUCCUGUAAUUGCCGAAAAUGUAGGUGAAAAAGCAGAAGCAGUUUGCUCAACUGCAUUAAGUAAACCUUUACAAAUUCAGAAACUGCAGCUUCAUAACGGAGAAGACUUUCAGGCAGACAGUGUUACUCUUGAUAAUUCAUCUAAGCAGCAUAUGUAUCAACCUAAUCCUGUUUUAACAGCAGCAGCAGUCCAGAGCAUGGAAGCUACCAGUGUUCAUACUUCUGUAGAGGAUCCAGUAAGUUGUACAUCUACAGUCUUGCAAUUUACAGACCCUGACUACUUGAAUUCAUCUCUGAGACUGAAAAAUGCUUUAGGUUCAAUUACCGACUAUGCAAUUGAAAAUCCUAGCUCUCUUGUUGUAGGCUGUUCUUUUGAAGUACAACCAACAAAUGAAAAUGCAGUUUUGCUGAGUACAGUCACACAAACUAUUGAACAGUUCAGUGGAAGUGAAGAAUCUGUCAUUGCUAUCAUUGUGCCAGCCGAGAGUUCAGAAGAAUCUGAAAUAGUUAAUAGUUCUUUCCUGCCUAUUACACAAGAGUUUCUUGACACAGAGGAGACAGAAGCAGAUAAAUCUCUGUAUAUGAAUGCAUAUGGUGGAAGUGAAGUAUUACAGACUGAGCAUUCAUACUGCAAACAAGACAUAGACAGAGAUCACCUUUGGCAAAAAAUUUCAAAGCUCCACUCUAAGAUCACUCUACUUGAAAUGCAGGAGGUAAAAACUUUGGGGAGACUCAGGUCCUUGGAAGCUCUUAUUGGACAACUGAAGCAAGAAAACCUGCUUUCUGAAGAAAAGCUAAAGAUUGUAGAAAACUGCUUUACAACACUUGAAGUGACUAUGAUACAGUAAAGGCUUUCAAUGAUUGUUCUAAAGUAUCUUUUUAACCUCUUUGACUGUCCAUUUAUACAAAUUAACUUUUGUUUCAAUUAUGGUAUUUUGAACGUCUAAUACAAAUGUGUGUGAAUAGCAAAUAUUCUUUAAAAUGUUAUGUCAACCACUGCCAAAGCUAGGUUGUAGAAUAUUGCCUAUAAAACAUGCCUUGCAAGUAAGCUUUAAAAAAAUAAGUGUUAAAGUUUUGUUAAAUAGUAUGUGAAAUAAAUCAAUAAAGAUAAGUUAAACCUUUCUAGCUGCAGGCUCCUCUGA